UUAAUGAUUUUAUAUUAUAUUAUAUAUAAUAUAAAAUCAUAUAAAAAAAAAAAUAACCAAGUUUUGUUUUUACCAACUGAAUACGGUUCUACACCAAAAUAAAGUUAAAAUUACUUAUUGAUCCACCAGAUGACGUUUCAGUCUACGGUCCUAUAUUGCUCUCUCUUCAUUCGAUCUAUAACUUUCUUCAUUCUUCGCCUGAUUAAAAUACAUUUAUUUAUAUGAUUCAAGUAUGUACAGUGGUGCAAUAAAGUUAUAGGUUAUACAGUAUUAUUAUAUAUAUUAUAUUACAAUUAAUUAUUUUAAAAACGUGAAACACAACUAUGGCAUCAAUAGAUAUUAAUCUAGAAAAUGUUAACAGAAAACAAUGUAAAAAUAUACGAUCUGUGUUUUACAAGAAACCAAUUAAAAAAUGUAAUUAUAACUUAGAUGUUGACAAUGUUUAUAAUCCUCAAGAACUUAGACGACAGCAACUUUUAGAAAUUCAAAAAAAAAUGGAUGUUCGAAGCACCUCAAGAUAUUCUGGAAAAAUGGAUGGUAGUUCCUUGUCCUGAAGGCAAAAGAACUUUACUAAUUGCUCACAAAAAUAAAACAAAAGCUUUUAACAAACGUGGUAUCAGAUUGGGAAAAUUUCAAUCUGCGCUGCCAGGAGGAAGUUCCAAUGAACAUAGUAGUCGUUGCACUAUUUUGGAUUGCAUAUGGAUAGAAAGUCGAAAAACAUAUUAUGUUUUGGAUGUACUGGCUUGGUCUAAUCAGUCCCUUAUAAAUUGUGAUACAGAGUUUCGAUUUUUUUGGUUAAUAUCAAAAUUUCAAGAAAUACAAGAAUUACAAAGAGGUGAUACCUAUAACAAUAGAUAUCCUAUUUUAUUACUUCCACAUAUAAAUUUUGAUUGCAAUCUAGAAUCAUCGUUAGGAAAUUUAAAUGAAUUAACACCAUUAGAUGGAUUAUUAUUUUAUCAUCGUGAUGGAUUAUACACUAAAGGUCGUACACCUCUUGUAACAUGGUUGAAACUUUUUAUGUUACCUGAAAUACUUGGAAUAUCUUUACCUCCAUUUGACGAGAAACCUGAUGGUUAUGUAGAUAUCAGACAAUAUUUAUUGAAUCUCAAAGAAAAGAAAAAUAAUUCAAAAUCACAGAUAACUAGUAUGGAUAUUGUAGACGAGGAAGUUGAAAUGACAUAAGUUUUACCUUAAACAUAAUAGAUGACUGAAAAGAUAAACAAUAUGAAUGUAAAUGGUUAUUAUAUAAUUGAAUAUUUAUGAACAAUUUAUCUAUACAAUAUUAAAAAGAAAUAUAUAUAUAU